CAACACUUUGGUAAUUGAAGUUUUGAAGGUGAAGUCAAGAAGAAGAACAAGAACAAGAAGAAGAACAAGGGUCACUCUCUUUCUCUCUCUCUCUCUGCUCUUCCUUCUCACACGUACAAGACGACAAAACCUUGAAACCCUCGAAUUGUCGUACAUCUUGAUCAAGCUCACACUCACUCUUUAAGUUUUGAGUGGAAAGAUAAACCCCAAAGCUCCAAACUUUCUGCUCUUCAAGAAAUGCCGGACGGAGAAUCCUCCGCCUCCGGUGUCGGCCUACCACCGAUGGAGCCCUCCUUAAGCAUCUCCGAUCAUUUACAGUCCCUGAGUCUAUCCCAAGUAGAAAAUCAUGAGGACUCCGUUAAGAAAGACCCCAGGAUAAAUGCUAGAAAGUAUCAGUUGGAGUUGUGCAAAAAAGCUAUGGAGGAAAAUAUAAUUGUGUAUUUGGGGACAGGAUGUGGGAAGACCCGCAUUGCUGUUCUGCUUAUGCAUGAGAUGGGUCAUUUGAUACGGAAGCCCCAGAAGAGCGUAUGUGUCUUUCUUGCCCCUACUGUGGCUUUAGUUGAUCAGCAAGCAAAGGUUAUAGCAGAGUCGACUGAUUUUAAGGUUGGGGUUUUCUACGGGAGCCACAAGCGCUUGAAAUGUCAUCAAGAUUGGGAGCAGGAGAUUGAACAAUAUGAGGUUCUUGUUAUGACCCCACAAAUAUUGCUUCACCACUUAUCCCAUUGUUUGAUAAAGAUGGAGAUGAUUGCGCUUUUGAUAUUUGAUGAAUGCCAUCAUGCUCAAGUCAAAAGCAGCCAUCCUUAUGCUGAAAUCAUGAAAGUAUUCUACAAAAAUAAUUCCACAAAGUUCCCUCGUAUAUUUGGCAUGACUGCUUCCCCAGUUGUGGGAAAAGGUGCUUCUAGUGAAGAAAAUUUAACAAAAAACAUCAAUAGUCUUGAACAUCUGCUUGAUGCUAAGGUAUACUCAAUUGAGGACAAGGAAUUGCUAUCUUUUGUGACCACUCCUGUGAUUAAUAUAUGUUAUUAUGAUUCAACGGCAACUAGCUUGUACUUGAUUUACCAUGCCAAACUUGAUGAGAUUAAACAUCAGUGCAUAGCAACACUGGGUAGGAGUAAAGAAGACCACCAGAGACGGAUGAACACAAAGAAACUUCUGAACCGGAUGCAUGAUAAUGUGGUUUUCUGUCUGGGGAAACUCGGCAUUUGGGGAGCAUUGCAAGCUAGUCGUAUUCUUUUGAGAGGUGAUCGCUCUGAGAGGCAUGAAUUAGUGGAGGCAGAAGGAAAUUCAAGUGAUGAUUCUGUGUGUGAUAAAUAUCUUGCUCAGGCAGCUGAGUUCUUUACUUCACAAUGCAUGAUAGGUGACAGUGUAUCUGAUCCAUCUUCUGUGGAAAUAUUAAAAGAGCCCUUUUUCUCAGCAAAGCUUUUACGCCUCAUUGGGAUGCUUUCCGACUUUAGGUUGCAAGAAAACAUGAAAUGUAUAAUUUUUGUAAAUAGAAUUGUUACUGCUAGAUCCCUGUCAUACAUACUACAGCAGCUGAAGCUUCUAAGUAAAUGGAAGAGUGAUUUUCUAGUAGGAGUCCAUGCUGGAUUAAAGAGUAUGUCACGAAAGACCAUGAACAACAUUGUGGAGAAGUUUCGCUCUGGAGAGUUGAAUCUAUUGGUUGCAACCAAAGUGGGUGAAGAAGGACUUGACAUUCAGACAUGUUGCCUUGUCAUACGAUUUGAUCUUCCAGAAACUGUUGCCAGCUUUAUACAGUCAAGAGGCCGUGCACGCAUGCCUCAGUCAGAAUAUGCAUUUUUGGUGGACAGUGGAAAUAAGAAGGAACUAGAUAUAAUUGCUGGUUUUGAGAAAGAUGAAUGCCAAAUGAAUAAGGAAAUCACUAAACGAACAUCCAAGGAGAUAUACAUCAUCCCGGAGGAAAAAAUAUUCAGAGUUGAUUCAUCUGGUGCUUGUGUCAGUUCUGGAUAUAGUAUCUCAUUGCUUCACCAGUAUUGUUCAAAGCUUCCACAUGACGAGUACUUUGACCCCAAGCCAAAUUUUUUUUACUUCGAUGAUUUAGGGGGAAUUGUCUGUCACAUUAUUUUGCCUUCAAAUGCUCCAAUACACCAAAUUGUCAGUACGCCACAGUUGUCUAUGGAAGCUUCCAAAAGAGAUGCUUGCCUGAAAGCAAUUGAAGAACUGUAUAAAUUAGGUUCUUUAAGUGAUUGUCUUUUGCCAAAGCAAGAUGAUGCAGAGCCUCAGGAGCAGGUUUCGGACUCUUCUGAUUCAGAUGAGAGUGAAGGGGAUGCCACUUCAAGAGGAGAAUUAUAUGAGAUGCCAGUUCCUUCUGCCUUUAGAUUGUCAUGGAUAAACGAGGAGAAAAUUGUCCAUCUUAACUCUUACUACAUAAAAUUUUGUCCCUGUCCAGAGGACAGGGUCUACAAAGAGUUUGGUCUAUUCAUCAUGACUCGUCUUCCAAUGGAGGCUGAGAAACUCGAACUCGAUCUUCAUCUUGCUCGUGGUAGAUCUGUGAUGUCAAAAUUUGUUCCAUUUGGAGUUGUAGAAUUUGACAAAAAUGAGAUUAAGAUGGCAGAGAAAUUUCAAGAAAUGUUCCUCAAAGUUAUUCUUGACAGAUCAGAAUUUGUUUCUGAGUUUGUAGACUUGGGUAAGGGUGCUGAAUCACGUACAAGCACUUCAACCUUCUACCUUUUGCUUCCAGUCAUAUUCCAAGAAUAUGAAAAUAGCAUGACAGUAGAUUGGAAGACAGUGAGGAGAUGCCUUGGUUCAGCAAUUUUCAGGCAUCCAGCAGAUAUGGUGGAUAAAAAAGUUUUCCCUUUGGAUAUUCACCUGCAACUUGCCAAUGGUUACAGAAGUGUAAGAGAUGUUGAGAAUAGUUUAGUGUAUGCAACUCAUAAGAAGCUGUUUUAUUUUGUCACUAAUAUCGAUCAAAAGAAUGGAUUGAGUCCUAAUAAAGAUUCGGGCACUUCAAGCUAUAUGGACCACUUCAUUGAAAAAUUUUCCAUUCAACUCAAAUACCCUGAACAACCACUUCUGCAAGCAAAACCACUCUUUAAUUUGCACAACCUGCUACACAACCGAAAGCUUGGGGAUACAGAACCACAUGAGCUAGAGGAAUACUUAAUAUAUUUGCCUCCCGAGCUAUGUGAACUAAAAAUAGUAGGCUUUUCGAAGGACAUUGGUAGUUCCAUAUCUUUGCUACCUUCAAUUAUGCACCGUCUUGGAAACUUGCUGGUUGCUAUUGAACUCAAGCACAUGCUAUCUUCUUUCUUCCCAGAGGCAGCUGAAAUUAAUGCCCAUAGAGUUCUAGAGGCUCUCACCACUGAGAAGUGUCAAGAGCGCUUUUCCCUUGAAAGACUUGAAGUGCUUGGUGAUGCUUUCCUUAAAUUUGUUGUUGCUCGCCAUUUUUUUCUCAUGCAUGACAGCCUUCAUGAAGGAGACCUUACAAGAAAGCGUUCCAAUGUUGUAAAUAAUUGCAAUUUGUUUAAGUUGGCUAUCAAGCGCAAUUUGCAGGUCUAUAUAUGCGAUCAGGCAUUUGAUCCCUUCCAGUUCUAUGCAUUAGGGCGUCCUUGCCCAAGAGAUUGUAACAAGGAAACUGAAGAAAGCAUACACUUAUGUCUCAAUUCUGUUAAAGAGCAAGGGGGGGCAACUGAAAUCCGAUGUAAUAAAAAUCACCACUGGUUAUAUAGGAAAACAAUUGCUGAUGUGGUUGAAGCUCUGGUCGGAGCAUUCAUAGUUGACAGUGGCUUUAAAGCUGCAAUUGCUUUCCUUACAUGGAUUGGCAUACAAAUCAAAUUUGAAGCCUCACAAGUGGUUAAUAUUUGCGCAGGAAGUGCGGGCUAUCUCCCUCUUUCUGCCGAUGUUGGCAUUUCUUCCCUCGAAGGUAAGUUAGGAUAUCACUUUAUUCAUAAGGGCCUGCUUCUCCAGGCAUUUGUACAUCCUUCUUACAAUAAGCAUGGAGGAGGCUGUUAUCAGCGAUUGGAGUUUCUUGGAGAUGCUGUAUUGGAUUAUUUGAUUACUUCAUAUCUGUACUCAGCUUAUCCCAAACUAAAGCCUGGUCAAUUGACAGAUUUGAGAUCAUUGUCUGUUAACAAUAAGGCAUUUGCCUGUGUAGCGGUUGAUCGCAGCUUUGAUAAAUUUCUUUUAUGUGAUUCAAGCUGCCUGUCUGAGGCAAUAAAAAAGUAUGUGGACUAUGUUAGAAGACAUGUUGUAUCAUAUGGUGGCAUCAUUGAAGGGCCAAAAUGUCCUAAGGCCCUUGGGGACUUGGUGGAAUCUUGUGUGGGUGCCAUUCUUCUUGACUCGGGAUUCAAUUUGAACAAAGUUUGGGAAAUUAUGACAUCAUUCUUGGACCCAAUCAUGAAAUUCUCAUCAAGCUUGCAACUGAGUCCUAUUAGGGAUUUGCAAGAACUUUGCCAAUCUCAUAAUUUGGAUGUGGAGUUUCUGCCAUCAAAACUGACUAAAAAUAAAAAGUUUUCAGUUGAAGCCAAAGUGACUGGGAAUGGUGUAUGUGAGACAGCUUCGGCAACCAGCGAAAAUAAAAAAGAGGCUUCUAGAAUUGCUUCACAGCUACUAUUUUCAAACUUAAAGGCUCAAGGCUGGAAACCAAAGUCAAAAACUUUGGAAGAAGUUCUGAAAUCAACCUUUAAGAUGGAAGCAAAACUUAUUGGCUAUGAUGAAACUCCCAUUGAUGUAACAGCGACUACUACCAUCCCGCGCUUAGUGGUUAAUGGAGAACUGUGCAGCAAGUCUGACCCUGAAAUUCGCCCUAUCCGAAUGGUAGUUGAUACAUUGUCCCCACAUGCGAAACCUGUUGUCCAACUGCCUCAAUCUUCUGCUAAGGGAGAGCUUAGUGAAACCUUUACAAGUAAUGAUUGCAGCGUUGACUCGUUGAGGACAGCAAGAUCACGAUUGUAUGAAUUCUGUGCUGCUUAUUGCUGGAAACAACCUUCAUUUGAAUGCUGCAAGGAAGAGGGACCAGACCACCUGAAGUUAUUCACUUGCAAGGUGACCUUGGAGAUAGAAGAGACUCCAGAUACGAUUUUCGAGUUUGUUGGGGAACCUCUACCAAAGAAGAAAGAUGCAGCAGAGAGUGCAGCUGAGGGUGCAUUUUGGUACCUGCAACAGCAAGGUUACCUGCCUAAUGGAAAUUAAGGCGCUGCCGAACAACUUUCAUGUCAUAUUAAUCCCAAGCAAUUUGGUAUAAGAAAUCUUUUUUGACCAAGGGAUUAGACAAGUUCAAUAUCAAUAUCACCUUUAUUCCAAACUAGUUGCGGUCGAAUUGAAUGAACCCAUACAAAAGUAAGAUACUGCUAACUUCAAUAGUAAUAGGAAAAUUUGAUAUUUCUGAAUGCCCUCAUCGUUAUAGGUUUAGUAUAUAACGUGAUGGCACAGAGAAGUUGCAUGUAAUAGAGUUUUAGCAUAACCCCACAGGGUCCAAAAAUGGAAAUAUAUUCUAGAGUAUUAUUACUUUUGUUGUAAAGUGGCAUCUAUCACCGUGUGUAUACUGUCCGUCAUUUGUAAUUUGUAACAGUAUAUUUUCCAUGAACUACACGUGACAUUUGAAGUGCAAAUAUUUGCACUUGAUGGUCUUUUUAU